UCACCUAUAGCAGACGACACCACAGAAGCAAAACAAAAGCAGAAGGGGCCUCACCCACCACCCCUCUACUCACCGUCGUUGCAUGUCAACUCUAUUUUGAAAGCGGAAAGCGUGACGAAUUAUGUAUUGAUUUACUCUGUCUGGCAAUACCACUAACUCCGUAGUUAUUCUAUCAAUGAGUUUACGUCCUACGGGCUAUGAAGAAGUCAAAAGUUAAAAUUGCUAUGCUCUCACGCUGUUUUGGAGAAGCCGCAUUGUUACAAACCCUUCAGUCUCCAUCAGACAGUGUUACUUGCUGUGACUUUGGAGCAAAUUUUCUAUUUGCUGCUGGUUCAAGUGAUAAGCUAGUUCGGGUAUGGGAAUGGAUAAAAGGGCAAGGCUUUGUAGAAGCCUCAUAUUCCCCCCUAGGUGGUCACAGAUAUGCUAUUACCAGUGUUCGGUUUUCACCUCUGGGUACAAUGCUGGCAAGUUCCUCAUCAGAUGGAAGCACCGUGUUGUGGAAUGCAAGGACAGGAGUACGUAUUCACACAUUUGUACAAACAAAUGGCUCAGCUGUUAGAUUAAGCAUAUUUGCUCCUAAUUCUACAUUUCUUGUGAGCUCUGGUGACGAUGGUUCCAUUUGUGUCUGGGAUAUCCUACGACGCACUCUGGUCAGAUCAUUACCAGCACAUGAUGCUACUAUUCAAGCCAUGUCAUUCAGCCCAGACUGUAAAUAUCUCUUGACUUCAGAUACAGUUGGGGUCUUAAAGUUAUGGAAAGAUUUAGUUGAACCUCACAAUGAAUUAGAAGAUUCAGCGAGUCCCACUGACAGUAACGAGUGUCUUGUGUCAGUAGUAGAAGAUGCUCAUGACCUAGGUGUCACAGGUUCAGAUUUUGCUUCAACUCAAGAGACCCCAGCUGACAAUGUUUUGGCCACACGUUACACACUUGCAACAUGUGGAAACAAUCAUUUGGUGAAGGUAUGGUCAUUUGUUGUUAUGCAUCCUACAAAGCAGUGGAAUCCUCCCCAUUCCCCAGCCUCUGGAUCAGGACGACAAAGCCUGGUUCCCACCCCUGAACUUGGUAGUCCGGUCAGUCCAAACAGUCUAGGCCCUCGAAGAGAAAAUAGCUUUAGAAUUCGAGAUAGUAAAAGAGAAAGCAAUGAGAGCUUACGAAGAAGAGGAAGUAGCGUAAGGAGGAGACACAAACAGUGUCAAGUGUCUCUCAAGCUCACGUUAGAGGGACAUGGAUCUGAUGUCACAUGUGUUCGAUUUAAUGCAAGUGCCACCCGACUUGCUUCUUCCUCUCUUGACAAAACUGUUAGAUUGUGGGAGAUACAAAGUGGGACUUGUCUAAGAGUACUAGAGGGUCAUACAAGAUAUGUUGCUUGCUGUGUAUUUUCUCGUGAUGGAUCCCUCCUAGCAUCUGGAUCUAAUGACAAAUCUAUUCUUAUGUGGGAUGUAAAAGGUAAACUUUCCCUAGACACUGAUCUUGCACCAUCUUUAAGUGCUUUUCGUGACAAACUAUCUGGUUCUAGUUUUGAUAGUACUGGUGGCCCCCCUGAUGUGAGCGCUUUGGAAGGAGGGCCCAAGUCAUCUGAGUCUCAUGCAGAGCUCCGUGAAGUUCAACUUUUACAAAGAAUUGAGUCUCCUAAUGGUGCUGUGAAUACAUGCGAUUUCUUUGGGAACAACUUUCUUGCGUUCGGUGGCGGGGACAAAAUGGUUCAUAUAUUUUCUAAGUCUGAUAGCUUACGGUUCCAUGAAGUUAAAAAUGUUUCGCCAAUCGAAGCACAUGCAUUUUCUGUGAACCAAGUGGAAUUUUCACCUUGUGGAAAGUAUGUAGCCUCCUGCUCGGCAGAUGGAUGUGCUGUUCUCUGGGACACAGAGACAGGCAAGCGAGUCCCUGGUAAUUUUGGUACGGGUCGCAAUGCUAUUCGAACUUGUCGCUUCUCACCAGAUGGAAAAUUACUUAUAUGUGCAGGCGACGAUCAAACAACCAGUGCGUGGCGUACAGACACUGGAGAACUAUUUUUGUCGGUUGAAGGGCACACUGAAGCAGUCACAGCUCUAGCAAUCUCUCCAGAUAGUCAGUUUUUGGCAACUGCAUGCAGUGGUGGGCACAUAAGAGGCUGGGCUGUUGCUUCCAUCUGGGAUCAUUGUUUAAUGUUACAAGAAGAUGCACAUGAUUUAGGUGUUCAGAGUUGUGACUUUUCACCAUCAGCUGGUAUGCAUGGUUCAGAGAACUAUUUGCUAGCGUCGUGUGGUAAUGAUUCUUUGGUUAAGUUGUGGAAGGUAGUAAAGGAUAUAUGCAUACCCCCAAUAACAUCUUCACUUUUGCUGAGCACCCCACCGGCGCCAGCUAGCCCACUGCGUUCUCCUAAGCCCCCUCCCGGUGCUAAACUUGUACGAACUUUAGCGGGACAUGGAGGCAAUGUAAUGUGUGUUAGGUUCACCCCAGACUCAGGCGAAUUUCUUGUUUCUACUGCCUCAGACUCUACAGCACGUAUAUGGAGUGUGCAUUUAGGUGAUUGCCUUUUUGUGUUGGAAGGUCACAACAGGCAAGUUACAUCAUGUGCCUUAUCAGCAGACUCUUCACUUUUAGCAACUGGGUCAUUGGAUAAAGCUUUAAUAUUGUGGCUCCUCCCUGAACAUUUGGUUUAUCAAAGUGUUGCUGCUUCCCGCCUUCGAGGUCAACCACUUUAUGCCCUUGAUUGGACUCCUGCUGACGUCAUAUCUUGGCUUAAACGGACUCUUUCCUUCCCAAUUGCACCAACUAUUUCUGUGACUGAGAAUCUAGAUGGUUGUCAGAUUCUAACCCUGCCAGAAAAUGAAAUUGCUUCAAUUUUAUCUAUAGAGGAUCCAGAACAAAUCCAUGAACUAACAUUACAACUGAAAUGGUUAAGACAUGAGGAACUUAACAUCUGCCUGCCGGAAAUUUCAAGUAACUCUGACGUACCUCAUGAAUUUUUGUGUCCUAUCACACGGGAGGUGAUGCGUGACCCAGUGGUUUGUGCAGAUGGUUUCACCUAUGAACGGGCUGCAAUAGAAGAAUGGUUCUUAAGUGGGAAGUUGACAAGCCCCAUGACCAACUCAACCCUGCCCAGUUUAGCCUACCGGCGACAUUCACAGCUGAAAAGAGCUAUCUCUGAGUUUUUAUAUGAUGAUUCAUCAGAACCAAACACAGAAUGAAGGCAAUUUAAUAUACCACUCUUGUACUAUGCUUGCGGUCCGCGGGGUAGCUCGCGCAAAGACCGUCUAAUUAUUGUGGCGGAGGGAGGCGUUGCCACUUAAAACCAGUAGCCUGCCCCUAAUGGGUACGCAGUCCCGAAUGGAACCGUGCGGGCGGGUUGCAUGCGUAGUACAAAAGUGAGCGGUGGGAAUCAGCCACCUGGUACAAUGAUUUAUCUUAGAAAUUAGAAAAGAUUGACUCAAACUCAAAGUAUGAUUUACUUUGGAUGAACUCCUCUUGCUCUAGUCAGAUUGCCUUAGCCAAAAGUGUUCAGAAAACUGCUUUGUCAAAUACCCCUGACAAGUGCCAUCAAUGUGACUUGCUGUCAGUAACUAUAAUUGAGGUUGUCCUUGUACCUGUGAUAUCAUUUGAGAUGUUGAUUUAAGACAAAGUCUCAGAGAGAAUUAUGUACAAAAUAACUUAAGGUAAACUUCAAAUUUAUAUGGAAAUAUGAUGAAUGAAAUCUCCAACUCUAAAAUGUAGUGAUUCACCAUAUAAGCAAGGUCCCUUGUAAAUGUGAUAUUUUGAUGCCAGGACGGAAAAUACAAGGAAUUACAGUGAGAAGUGCAGUACAUAAUUGUAUGUUACGAUCAAGAUGUUCCCUAUUGAAUUUAAAGUUUCUAGAUCUAAACUUUUAUUACUAGAAUUUAGAUUAUGUUUCCUGUCAGUCAAUUUCUGUGGUUUUUCUGGAGAAAGAUAAAACAACACUGGUACUAGGUUCCAUAAUAACUAAUUUGUCACAUAAAAGAAAAGUUUUUAAGUGUUACUUAGAUAGCUAAAUGUAUUGAAAGCUUUUCACCUAUUUUAAUCAACCAUUUUCGCACUCUUGAUUAUGUAUGAUUGAGAACAGUCUCAAACACCACCACCUACUAAGGGCUUCAAUUGAAUUUCAAGCAAGUGUUUGUCUUAAAGUCCCAUGUUAAAUAUUCUUGAAAAUAUUACAUUGUCUAUUUGAA